AUGUCGAAUGGAAUCAUAUUUAACGUACCUGAAGUCAUUCGAACUUAUAAUGUCUCACGAACAAUUAGCACGACAACGAAUUACUACACAGAAUCGAUUGUUACCGGAACGAUCUCUUCAGAUCCGAUCAAUCCUGAUAUUUCACCUUUGCAAUGCAUCGGUUUUGCGGUAUUAAUAUUAACUACGGUUGUUGGUAAUACACUUGUCCUUGGAGCGCUCUUUCUUGAUAAACGUUUGCACACACCAUCGUUUUUUCUCAUUGCAAAUAUGGCGAUUGCUGAUUUAUUACUCGGGUUAUCGGUUCUUCCGUUUUCUUCCGUACUCGAACUUCUCAAUGAUCGAUGGAUAUUUGGUCAAAGUCUCUGCACUGCAUGGCUCGCACUUGACGUACUCUGUUGUACAGCAUCGAUUAUCGCUCUAAUGGCUGUCUCGAUUGAUCGAUACAUUGGUGUGACACGACCGCUUACCUACAGUUUGAUAAUGACAACACGUCGGACGAUUUAUUUGAUUCUUAUCGUAUGGGCAGUGUCGAUUCUAACGUCGGUUGUACCCUUGUUCGGUUUAACUGAUCGCGGAGAAAUCUGGAAAAAUUCGAAAUCUUCACGCGAGCGCGCAGAAACAUGUAAAGUGAAUAAAAACACGUUCUAUACAAUAUUCUCAUCAGCCAUAUCAUUCUAUAUUCCGGUUAUUAUUCUUCUCAUACUCUACUCUCGUGUUUAUCAAGAAGCGAAAACGCAGAGCAAGAAAUUGGAACAAGAAAAGCGCCGUAUCUAUGAAAUCGAUUAUCAAUUAGCAGCUGAACAAGCUCGACAACGACAGAGCCAUACGAAUGGAUAUGUCACAAAAACUCGAACACCGUCGUAUCAAUCGAAUGAUAAUAAACAUGGUGCGUCAAGCAAACUUUCCAAUCAAGAUGCUCCUCCCGAUGAGAACGUCAGUCCGGAUCACACUUUGACGGGCAACGAUGGUGUAAAUUUGAAAAAAGAUUAUGAAAAGUUUAAAUCGCAGAAAGUUUUCGAUGAUGAUAUAUCCCAUUCAGGAUCAUCCAUAACAGGUCAUCGCAAAUCGAAACAUCGACACGGCGGAAAACGCUUCUUCUCUAUGCUGAAACGUAAUUCUCUUCUUCACACGCCUCAAGCACCACAUUACAAUCGAGAAAUGCCACCGAAUAAUGAAUUAUUACUAAUUAAACGUAAAUUGCAUAAUCUCAAACGUGAACAAAAAGCUUUCCGUACAGUUGGUUUAAUCCUGGGUGCUCUACUUAUUUGUUGGUUACCUUUCUUUGUUAUAUUACCUGUCAUGUCAAUCCAUGAACAACACAAUGCAAGUAAAAUUAGUAGCGCGGAAAAUACCUGGUUUAAAAUUGCAUUUUGGCUUGGCUAUUGUAACUCAGCGCUCAAUCCAUUUGUAUAUGCCUUCUCCAAUCGAGCUAUUCGUCGAGCAUUUCGUCAGGUCAUAUUUCGUCGAUGUUGUUGUUGUUUCUGUCGAACUUCAUCAGAUCAAUUCGAUGAUCAGUUUACUCGCCGACGAGCGCGUGCUUACAGUGGAUCAUUAACAACAGACGUAUCUCAGUCAGUUUUCAAAGGAGUUCAAUCGACUUCGUUCGAUGUCGAUCGGACAGCUUCCAAAAUUGAGAAAGAUCUAGAUUCGUCAUCUUUUCGAGCAGUAGAAGCUCCUGUUGUUUCAUUUAAAGAGUUUCUCGCCGAGAAAACCGACGACGAUGAGGAUCGUUCACCUCAAGCUGAUAAACAACCAAAUCAAGAAUGCGAGACUACGUUAUUGAAAGAGCAACAAACGUCACCGUUGAUUUCCUGA